AUGAUAGACGAUGAGGAUAACUGUCGAAUGCUGAUAGCUGGUCUUAGAGGUGUAGGCAAAAGCGCCCUAACCAACUCAAUUGUCGGAAAAGAAGUUCAAGUAUCUAAUAACUCACUGGAAUCUGUGACACAAAAGGCAUCUCAAAUAAAAUGUAAAAGAAAGGAAAGAUAUCUGGUAUGCUUUGACACACCUGGUUUGUCCACAAUUGAUGACACAAAAAUGAUACAGAAACAAUAUGAGAAAUGUUUGAUCGAAGCCGCUCCUGGAUUUCACGCUAUCUUAGUCGUGCAAAAAGCUACAAGCUUCUCAGAUGACAACGAAAAGUCUCUAAACAAGAUCACAGAGAUGUUUGGGGAGGAUCUAUGGAAAUUUGUUGUAAUUGUCUUUACUCAUAUUGAUCAAAUAGAGGAAGGUUUGGAGAAAACAAUGCUAAAGGGAGACAAGCGCUUGCACUACUGGCUUCACAAAUGUGAACACCGGUACGUGGGAAUUAAUAACAAGGCAAAAGGGGAAGAAAAUGAGCAGCAAAUUUCAAAACUGCUCGAUGUUGUGGAAAAAAUGAAUCAGGUGAAUGGUGGCAAGAUAUACACCAAUGAGGACUUUCAGAAAACCUAUACUAUGUUAAAGAUCGCUGCACGUGACCUAAAAGUGUCCGUUCAAAAUAUCCGUGACAAUCCAGGAAAAAUAUUGGGAUUUUCAUUAGAAGUAUUAAAAUAUUUUAAUAACCCUUGAGGCAGAAUAAUAGAGGGAAAUAGAAAGAAAAAAAAGAGGGAAU